UACUAUUUCUCUUGUCCGUGCGUGUGGACGCGUCGCUGUGUCGGUUUGUUUGCUGGUGUUUUGUUUCGUUGCCUGUGUGUUCGUAAAUAAUGGUAAAGUGUCAAACAAUUUUAAAAUCAGCAACAAAAUUAUAAUGAGCCAAAGCAAUUAAACGUCUUUCAAAUAUAUAUAUGUAUGUCGUUACAUACUUAUGAAUAUAUAUAGCGUUAUAUAUAUUUGUGUGGCGCUUUGAUAGCAAAUAUUAUUGCUUGUGUUUAUUUGCGUGCUAAAGCAACGGUGCAAUAUCAACAACAACAACAACAACAAAAGCAACAUCAACAACAAAGAAAUCUAAAUCGAAAAGUCGAAAAGCACAAAGUGCACACAAGUGCUUUAUUACCGCUAGUGUAGGCGUGUGUGUAUUAGUGUAUGUGAAUGUGUGUGUGCGUGCGAAAGAGCAUGUGCUUGUGAUUUCAUGUUAUUGUUACUUCCCUCCCAUUCCACAACAAAUAUAAAUAAUUUAAUAUUUCAACAUAAACAAAUGAAAUUACGCUAAAGUACAGAAUCAUAAUAAUAAAAAAAGUCGCCACCAUUUACAGAUAAAAGUUAAGUCUGGCGUCUGGAUUCUUGGUUUCUGAAGUCUGCAAAGUUCACAUAAAAUAACCAAUUAAUUGAAAUUGUUGUAGCUCCGAUGCGACACUAAAGCGAUUACAACAGCUACUCAACGUCAGGAUCAAAGUUGGCGACGGCAGCAGUAAGGAGUCUAUAUACCAAGAACAUUACAACACACAUAUACACACAGGCAGACAAACACACACACAUAAACAGCACUGCCACACCUUCAAUACAAUAAUACACAAAUCGAACGCACAAUGAAAAACGACGUCGUGCGAUGGAGCAGACAGCCAAAUAGCAACAACAUCAGCAACAAUAAAAGCAACAGCACAAAACACAGUCAACGGAAACGCAACGCACAAUUGAAUCAACAUGUUGCUAGCAAAAGAACUUGUCAACCAAAAGCAACACUUGUUGCUGAAACAAUGUGGCAACAGCAACAACAACAACAAACAAUCAUUGAAUGUGAUAUUACAACAAAUUUAAAUUUCGAUUGCAAUUUAUUCAAAACUAGAUUUUUAACGCAACGCAACAAAACGAAAUGCAAUCGCAGCAGACAUUCUAAAACGUUGACAGCGACGGCGACGUCAACGUCUGCGUCGACUACAUUGCUGCUUAUUUUGCAACUUAGUUUCGUAGUUUUUUUAUGUAAUAUUAAUAUCGGUUUCGCGGUCGCCAGUGUUGCUCCCAAAGUGGAAACCGGCCACGCACAGUCGCCACUGUUGCCACCCUACGUCCUGGACUAUGAAACCUCCAGCGGCAGCAGCAGCAGCGCCCAGUUAACCGCUAACAGUGGACGCUCAUCUGGCGCUGGCGGAGAUUCUGGCCAUUACACGCACACCUGGGCGGUCCACAUACCAAAUGGUGAUAACAAUGGCAUCGUUGAUGCCGUUGCCAAGGAACACGGUUUCGUCAAUUUGGGCAAGAUCUUCGAUGAUCAUUAUCAUUUUGCGCAUCACAAGGUGUCGAAGCGUUCACUGCAGCCCGCCUCACAUCAUCAGACCCGCCUCGACUUGGACGAGCGAGUCCAUUGGGCCAAACAGCAACGGGCCAAGUCGCGUUCCAAGCGUGACUUUAUUAGCAUGCGUCCAUCCCGCACUUCAUCGCGUGUCAUGUCGCGGAUGGAUUCGGUGGCCUUCGAUGAUCCCAAAUGGUCACAAAUGUGGUAUCUGAAUCGUGGUAGUGGCCUUGACAUGAAUGUGAUACCCGCUUGGAAGCAGGGAAUAACUGGCAAAGGUGUUGUGGUUACCAUCCUGGACGAUGGUCUGGAAUCAGAUCAUCCAGACAUCGAGCAGAAUUAUGAUCCGAGAGCGUCGUAUGAUGUGAACAGCCAUGAUGACGAUCCCAUGCCGCACUACGACCUGACUGACUCGAAUCGACAUGGAACACGAUGUGCCGGCGAAGUGGCUGCCACGGCGAACAACACGUUCUGUGCGGUGGGCAUCGCAUAUGGGGCAAGUGUGGGCGGUGUGCGGAUGCUCGAUGGUGAUGUGACUGAUGCUGUGGAGGCGCGUUCGCUCUCGCUCAAUCCGCAGCACAUUGACAUCUAUAGUGCGUCGUGGGGUCCCGACGAUGAUGGUAAAACUGUGGAUGGCCCCGGUGAGUUGGCAUCGCGUGCCUUUAUCGAGGGCACGACAAAGGGGCGCGGCGGUAAGGGCAGCAUCUUCAUCUGGGCAUCGGGUAAUGGUGGGCGAGAGAUGGACAAUUGCAAUUGCGAUGGCUAUACGAAUUCGAUAUGGACUCUGUCCAUAUCGAGUGCCACCGAGGAGGGCCAUGUGCCGUGGUAUUCGGAGAAAUGUAGCUCCACGCUGGCCACCACCUACAGCAGCGGCGGGCAGAGCGAGAAGCAGGUGGUCACCACAGAUUUGCAUCAUUCAUGCACCGUAUCGCAUACGGGCACCUCGGCCUCGGCACCGCUCGCCGCGGGCAUUGCAGCCCUGGUGCUGCAGUCGAAUCAGAAUCUCACCUGGCGCGAUCUGCAGCACAUUGUGGUGCGCACCGCAAAGCCAGCGAAUCUUAGAGAUUCCACUUGGUCGCGCAACGGUGUGGGCCGACGUGUGAGCCAUUCCUUUGGCUAUGGUCUCAUGGAUGCCGCCGAAAUGGUUCAAGUUGCCCGCAACUGGAAAGCUGUGCCCGAACAGCAGCGAUGCGAGAUUAAUGCGCCACAUGUCGAUAAAGUCAUUCCCCCUCGCACUCAUAUAACGCUCCAGCUCACAGUCAAUCAUUGCCUCUCGGUCAACUAUCUGGAGCAUGUGCAGGCUAAGAUCACACUCACCUCACAGCGACGCGGCGAUAUACAACUCUACUUGAAGUCACCAGCCAACACCAAAGUCACGUUACUCACCUCGCGCAUACAUGAUAACUCACGUUCUGGAUUUAAUCAAUGGCCUUUUAUGUCGGUGCACACCUGGGGAGAAUCGCCGCACGGCAAUUGGCAGCUGGAGAUACAUAACGAGGGUCGAUAUAUGGGCCAUGCUUUAUUACGGGAAUGGUCGUUAAUCUUCUAUGGCACCACAUUAAGUAUUGAUCCCAAUGAUCCCAUUUCUGUGCCACGCUCGAAUAGCGCCGAGGCAACCACACCAAAUUCAAGUAGCAGCAACACUGGCAGCACCACCAGCAAUCUACAUCAAUUCUAUUCACCACAGUAUCCACGCAUCUCGCCCAAUAAUUUUGCCAAUACACCGUCGGGUGGUGCUAAAUUGCCACUUGGCAAAACAUCACCAAAUAAAUCAAGUUUUGUUACCAACAAUCCAAUGUUGCCACCGCCACCAGCACCACCAGCCAAGCAGGGAUAUCAACAAAUCUCAGCCACAUAUGGUGUCAUUUUGGGCAAGACUCACAACAAUAACAAUAACAAUAACAACAACAGUAAGGCCAACAACAAGGGCAACAACAAGGCUAACAAAUCGAAUAAAGCGGGAGAAAAUGGUAAUAAAAAUGGCAACGGCAAGGCCAAUAAAAAGGAGCAAACCACACAGAGCACCACCAGCAGCACCACCACAAAUAAGAACAAAUACUAUCGCAUAUCGCAACAACAACAACAGGCAGGAGGAGGCGGUGGAGGUGGAGGUGGUGGCAAGUCCAAGGGGCAGUCAAAUGAACUGAAAACGCCACGCCCCAAGAUCAAUUCAGGCGAAAAGUUCUACGAUGAAAAAACGCGCAAAGUAAUUGGUGAUAUUUCAAACAACAACAAAAACAGCAACAACAAUCGCAGUAACAACAACAACUCGGCAGUACAACGUCUGCCCAUAAAAGCAACGAAACAGGUGAAAGAGAACAACUCAGACUCACGCAUACCCAAGUUAUUUGAGCGCUACGAGAAAAUACAGGCCAUAUUCCCAGAGUUGGAGCCUUACGAGACCAGCAGUAGCAGCAAUAUGGCCAAGUCAAAGCAAUCACAGCAAUCCCAGCAAUCACAGCAAACACAGCAAUCUCGCAAACAGGGCAAACAAUUUGAGGUGGAACUGUUUAAGCCCAUCUCCAGUAUGAGCAGUGCCACUAGCGGUGGCAACAGCAAGCCUGGCAAUACCAAAAAGUCACCAUCUGCACCGCCGCCGCCAUCGCAACCACUCAUACCACUGCCGGCAUUGCCCGCGGGCGGCAGCAGUUUUCUGCCCGAUCAGCGUAUACUUAAAAAGCAGCAACUGUUGAUGGCCGCCGCUGGUGUGCUUGCUGCCGAUGAUGUUAAUGUUCAUGAUGAUGAUGAUAUUGCUAAUGGCAAUGAUGAUGAUGACGAUGAGGAUGUGGAGCACUUGGAACUGGCUGCAGCGGGCACUUUUCGACAGACCAACAGACCAAAUGCUCAAAUUACACAAUGGGACAUGAUUCUCUAUGGUACUGAUACACCCGCCCAACCCGAUGACGAGGCCCAUGCCAAUCAACCAUCCCAGUUCCAAUUAUAUGGCGACGAAAUGGCCCACAAUGAUAUCGAGCACGAUGCCAGCGGCCAAUGGCGCAACAUGCAGCAAGUGGGCGAAGUGGGCGUAACCCAGGAUCGUAGAAAUUCUGCCGCAUGCCUCAAGUGGAAUGAUCAGAAAUGUUUAGAGUGCCGGGAGUCCAGUUACUUCUACAAGGAUUUCUGCUACGACGAGUGCCCACAGCGUACAUACGCCAAGGUUAAUACAGAUAUACUGGAUGAAUUCGAUGCUGACAACGAGUUGGGGACUCUUGAAGCCAGUUCUUCGCCAGAUUCCACCAAUGAACUUCCUAGCAAUGGCAGUGGUCUCAUAGACAAGGACGAUCCACUGCAGGCAUCGGAACGUCGACGUCGCACUGAAUCCACUCUAAAACCGAGCUCGAUCUUGUCGCUGACACCACAGCACAAUCAAAUCUGCGCCAGCUGCGAUCCAAGUUGCUUGCGGUGCUAUGGACCAAAUGUCUCCCAGUGCAGCACCUGUCCUCCAGGUAGCCAACUCCGCAAGUUGUCCCAGACCAACGAGACCUAUUGCUAUGCCUACGUUGUACGCAGUACUAUUGAUGGCUCCAACCUGUCAGAUAAUGAACAGCAGGAGGGUAAUUACAAGAUGCAAUACAUGCAGUGGACCACAGCAUUGCUUGUGAUUGCCGUGAUCGUUUCCUUAGUGGGCGUGGCUGUCGCCGGCGCCAUGAUCUACCAUCGACAAGCUACAAAGGACGAGUCGUACACUCGUGUGUCGCUCAUGGCCGAAGACGAGAGCGAUGAGGAUCACGAAGUGGACAUAUUUACGGCUCGUACGAAAUCUCCCUUCGAUGUGGUUGAAUAUCACGACUAUUGGCCACGGGAGCCCAGUGAGGUCCUCGAUCCGAACGAUCACAGUAAUGCAAAUGAGGAGAAAUUAACGCAUUCUUAAAAAACAAUUAGAUAUAUCUCAUUGAUUACGGCUCAACCCAACAAUUUAAAUUCGGAUGAAUAUUAAUUAGUUCGAUAUUCUUGAUUUUAUUUAAAGGUCAUUCAAGAUUUCAUAACAUUUGCUGCGAUUACAAGCAUUUAAAUUAUUUCGAUUUUUGUAAAAUUGUUUUUAAAAUGUAUUUAUCCUAGUUUUAAGCAAACAAGAAUCAAAUAAAAUACA